UUUCGAUGACACUUGCGAUGUUUCGAUUGUUUGGAUUUCCUAGGAAUAUGAUGCCAAUUUGUCCCGCAUUCGUAGUUUUCUGGCCGGCAGUACACGGAACCGUUCCACCUUGACGGAAUGUGAACGUCUGUUGAGGGAAGCCAAAGCCUGCGCGACCGCCAUGCAAGGGCUGGCUGAAGUUGCAGGCGAUCCGCACCGUGUUCAGGAAUCGCAGCAAAAGCUUGAACGUGACGUGGCUCCGUUGGCCAAGGAAGUGCAACGGCAACUGCACGAUACGGGACGGGAAGAAUUGUUCUAUCAGGCUCCGGAUAUUGAGAGCUCCCCGCACGAUAUGGACCGCCUGAUUUCCUCAUCAGACGAUUUGCUGCGGGAAUCGCAAUCGAUUCUGGCGGAAACGGAGUACAUUGGAACGAACACGAUAAUGCAGAUGGGCCAACAGCGGGAGCAGUUGCAGAACGCCAAUCUGAAUCUGGAAGCCGUGCAGCGAGUUACCGCUCAAGCGAAACGACUCAUGGUUGGGAUGAGUCGGAAACUGCUGAAAACCAAACUCGGCUUGUACUUUACGAUAGGCGUCUUGAGUGUGGCGAAUCUCUGGGUACUGGUCAAGAUUUAUCAAAAACAUCACGGUACGACAGGCGAUGGCCACGAUGCGCAGUAGCAACCGUUGGGAUGGCGGUACUGCCGUGCAAGAACAAACGAGCUGAUUAGAGAUGUUUGUAUAU